AUGUCAUUCUGCGUGAUUACGGCCAUACGCCUGCUUCUGUAUCUCUCCGUGUUCUGCCUCUUUCUGGCGCCAUCCUCCGCUUAUGCGCACGCCCGUCCAUGGUGGUCUCCAAACCUUGACGCUACAGCCGCACACGGCCCCCUGCCUCUCGACGUGCGCACUGAUCUGCACUUUCCUCUGCACGCGCGAGGGACAAACAACGACGGCUCCCUCCCAAUUUACAAGGAUCCCAAUGCGCCGAUUGAAAACCGCGUCAAUGACCUCCUUCCGCGGAUGACCCUUGAGGAGAAGAUCGCUCAGCUCAUCCAGGGCGACCUCGACGGCUGGAUGAAUCUCACAGACCCGAAUGACGACACCCUGACAUACAACGCAACCGGCCUUGUCACCGAACUCACCUCUAAAGCCGGCGCUAUAUGGGGCGGUUACCUCAUGCCUUGGGACAAAUGGGUCUAUGGCAUCACCAUCGGGCAGCGCUACCUCAUAGAGAACACGACGCUGGGCAUCCCAGCCAUCGUCCAGAGCGAAGCCUUGCACGGAUUCACAAAUAACGGCACGACAUGGCCUUCGCCCAUCGGCCUCGCCGCCUCCUUCAACGCGCCGCUCCUCCACGCCGCUGCCGCCACGAUCGGUACGGAGGCUGCCGCGCUCGGCUUCUCCCAGGUCUUCGCGCCCGUGCUCGACCUCUCGCGCGAGCUGCGCUGGGGCCGCGUCGAGGAAAACUACGGCGAGGACCCAUUCCUGACAGGCGAGAUGGGCCUCGCGUACGUUAGUGGUAUACAGGAGGGCACGCGGCCCAACACCAGCGCGACAGCCGUUGCACGCGUCGCGGCGACGUGCAAGCACUUCGCCGCGUACGGCUCCCCCCAAGGCGGCCUGAACAUCGCGCCCGUCGCGGGCGGCGAACGCGAGCUCCGUACCUAUUACCUCCGGCCGUUCGAGCGUGCGUGCGCCGGCGUCGAGCCAACUCUCAGCCUCAUGAGCGCAUACGCAAGCUACGACGGCGUUCCGAGCGUGGCCAACUAUCACCUUCUCACCGAAAUCCUGCGCGAAGAGUGGGGCUACCCGUACUUCGUGACGACGGACGCGGGCUCGGUGGACCUGCUCAUCUCGACGCACGGCACGUGUGCGACGCGCGAGUGUGCGGCGAAAGACGCGCUCGAGAACGGGCUGCAGAUGGAGAUGGGCGGCGGCUCGUAUACCUAUCUGACACUUCCUGACCAGGUCGCGGCGGGGACGGUGGACAUGCGCUACGUUGACUUGGCGGUCGCGACUGUCCUGCGUACGAAGUUUGCGCUGGGUCUAUUUGAGAACCCAUACCCGUAUGAAGACUACCUCUCGAUGCUCCGCACCCCGGCGACCCGUGAGUUGUUGCACCAGAUGGAACAAGAGCAAAUCGUCUUGCUGCAGAACAAUAACAGCACGCUUCCGUUGAGCAAGAAUAUCGGCUCCAUCGCGCUCAUCGGCCCUCAAGUCAAUCGUGUCACACUCGGCGACUACGUCUUCCACAACGCGACACUCAACUGCCUUACGCCGCUCCAAGGCUUCACGGAAUUGCUUGCGAGCACAUAUGUGCGGAUCAACUUUGCGCAAGGCUGCGAGCUCUGGUCGAACGACGAGUCGCAGAUCCCCGCCGCGGUCGCUGCGGCAGAGGCGUCCGACGCGGCGAUCGUCAUGGUCGGCACGUGGAGCCUCGACCAGACGCUCCUUUGGGAGCCUGGCACGAACGCGACGACUGGCGAGCACGUCGAUCUGAGCAGCCUGGCGCUCGUUGGCGCACAACUGAGCCUCGUUCAGGCCGUCCAGGCCGUGGGCAAGCCGACGAUCGUCAUAUUCGUCAGUGGGAAACCUGUCGCGGAGCCGUGGAUCCAGGACAAUGCGGAUGCGGUUGUACAGCAGUUCUACUAUGGCGAGCUCGGUGGCCUCGCCAUUGCGGAGAUCAUCUUUGGCGAUGCUAAUCCAUCGGGAAAACUCCCGGUAUCCUUCCCGCACAGUGUCGGGACAACUCCUGCAUUCUACAACUAUCUCAAAGGCGGCAGACCUAUUGAUCCCGGCUAUGUCGCCCCUAAUGGAACACUCGUCUUCGGGCAUCAGGUGCGUGAGUAUGUCCUAGAUACGCCCGUGCCAAUGUGGAGUUUCGGGCAUGGGCUGAGCUAUACGACCUUCAACUACACGAACCUUCUUGUGUAUCCGAGCACCAUCGGAGCUAACGAUGAUUUCAACGUCACCGUGACCGUGCACAAUACAGGAACAGUAGACGGAAAAGAAGUCGUCCAGGCAAGCCUCAUCUACCUGACCGAUGUUGUGAGCUCCGUGGUGACGCCGAACCAGUUCCUCGCAGGGUUCCAGAAAGUGUUCAUCCCUGCGGGCGGCUCCGAGACCGUCACGAUCCAAAUCAAUUCCACGCAGCUGGCGCUCUGGUCGCUCGACAACACGUGGGUUGUCGAGCCCGGUGAUUUUGCUGUCAAAGUCGGGACGAGCGACACGACGUACCUAAACGCAACAAUGACUGUUCAAUGA